AUGGUGCGAUUCAAGAACCGCUACCUGCUGUUUGAGCUGGCCUGGAAGGAUGGCAAGUUCGACGACAGCAUCAACGAGGCCGUCCUGCUGGCUGCCUUCCGUGACAGCCUGCGGCAGAACUUUGGAGACCACGGCCUGGGCACAGCCCUGGCCUCGUUCCAGGUCAAGUGCUACAACCCUGUGUCCAACCUGUGCGUGAUACGGUGCAGCCGUGACGAGUACCGGCAGGUGUGGUGCUCACUGUGCCUCAUCACCUCCAUCAAGCACCGAGUGGUGGCGCCGCGCCUGCUGCACCUCACCGGCACCGUAGCCUCCUGCCAGCGCGCCGCCGAGGUGUGCCACGGCGCCGCCACCGCGGGGCGGCGCCUCACGCAGCAGCAGGCCAAGGCAGCGGAGGAAGCGGCUGCUCGGCUGGCGGCCAUGGCGGUGUGA